AUGGUUGAACAAAAAUUAAAAGUAAUUGAUGAAAAUGAUUUAAAAAAUUUUAAAAAUGAAUCAAAAUGCUGCAUUAUAAUAAAUGAUUUAGUUUAUGAUGUUAGUUCAUUUUAUGAACAUCCUGGUGGUUUUGAUCUUUUUAAAGAAUAUGAAGGAAUAGAUGCUACAGCAUCUUUUAAUGAAAUUGGUCAUUCUACAUAUGCAAAAAAAUUGAUGAAAAGUUAUUUAAUUGGUGUAAAAAAAGAUACUGAAAAAUAUAAAAAAAAAGUAGAAACAAAAAUAAUAGAAAAUGAAAGAGAAUAUAUUAAUGUGUCAGAAGAAGAAAUAGAAGAAGAAGAAGAUGUAAAAACAUAUAAACCUCCAAAUGUUCCUGAAGAAAAAUCCAAUUAUUCUAUUUUAGCUUUAGUUAUUGUAUUAUUUAGCAUUGCUUAUUAUUUUAUGUUUAUAAGAAAAUAA